AUGGAUAAUGGAGUGUUUUAUGAUCCAAAACAAAAUAUAGAACGUAUUUUCGAAGUGGAAAGGCUCUUUGGAUUCCCGUCUAAUAAACUAGUAACUUCAACUCGCGUGUUAGUUGGGGAAGGCGUUUUGACAAAGAUAUGUAGAAGAAGGCCCAAACUGAGGCACUUUUUCCUAUUUAGUGAUGUGUUAAUCUAUGGAAGGAUUGUAUUAAAUAGGAAAGUUCUUUGUAACCCUCAGUUCAUAGACCUAGCUGACUCCUGUGUUAAGAAUGUUGUGGACAAUGGGAUCUAUCGGAAUGGAUUUUCAAUUCUCAGUCCAAGAAAGUCUUUCACGGUUUAUGCAAGCACUUCUGAAGAGAAAACACAGUGGGUACUUCAUCUGAAGAAAUGUAUUUCAAACUUUGCUUCUUCUGGUAUGCAAUAUGAUUCAGUUAAAAAAUCUCCAAUAUGGAUUCCGGAUUCAGAAGCAUCUCAUUGUAUGGUAUGUGGUACUACUGAAUUCAAUCUUGUUCAUCGAAGACAUCAUUGUCGACAUUGUGGCAAAGUUGUUUGUGAUAAAUGUUCCACUUAUCGUUGGAUACUUCCCUAUCAAGGUUCAUCAUAUGUACGUGUUUGUUCAGUAUGUCAUACUGAUUUGUCGACAGAAAAAUACAACUCACUCAUUCGUAAUAAUCAACAAUAUCAGUGUGAAGAAGCGAAUAGUCUAUUCAAUGUUACUACUUGUGUAACUAACAAUAAAGUUGAUGUUACUAAUGAAACGACUGACAAUUGUAUAAUUACACCAACCUAUCUUGGUGAUGUAAAUAUGAAUAAUGAUGAAUUAAAUACUGAAAGUGAUACAGAUUCAGAUACCGCUGAGGAGAACAAAGAUGACAAAUUUAUUCAUAGUUAA